AUGCGCAACACGGUGGUUGUGGUGGGGGAUUUCCAGGCUGAAGUCACUCCACAUGCUCCAUUAGUCGGUCGUUCAACCUGCCAGACCCCAUUCCAUGUCGGGGCAGACGCACUGGACCCCGGGGACCUCAACACGUUCCUGGAUAAUCUCGGUCUGGUUGCCCUUAACACAUGGCGCGGUCCAGCCACGCCUACCCAGUACAAUUUAACGGGGGGGCGGGGGGCGGGAAAGAGCCAAAUCGACUUCAUCCUGACCAGAGCCAUAUCUGCUGAUUGGGAAGCCAAGAACGUCAAAGUGACAGCCCCACCAAUUGGCAACUGGAGGGCACGUCGGCACAAACUGGAUCACGAGAUACGUAAUCGGGAGGAGGGGGCACAUACCCUGCAGCUUGCCCUUACGACAGCCCUCAACGCCCUCACGGACCCCACCCCUGCCAACAUCAACUCCACCCUUCUUGACACUUGCCAGAACCACUACCCAUUGGAGAGGAAACCCAACCCUCCACCCAGCCCCAUUGUGCAGCACUUAUGGCAGAAGCGAAGGGAGGCCGAGUACGUCACCGUACGGCCCCCAAGGGAGCCGGAAAGGGAAAACCUGGAAAACAACCCCUGGUGGUACUUCCUAUCCAGACUCUUUCGGGGAUGGAAAGCUACGGUUGCCCUGCGGAAGCAAGUCAAAAUUGCUGAGAAACAAUGCAAGGAAAAGAAGCGCGAAGACAUCCUCCAACUACUCCAAAAGGCUGAGCAGGCAGCUGAUAACGGGGACCAACGAACCGUGUAUCAAGUUGUUCGGAGAUUAGCACCCUGGCAACCUAGACAACGGGUCAUGAUUAAGGACCCAAGCGGCCGACUCCUCACUCUCCAACAGGAGCACGAAGCCCUGGUGAGCUAUAGCGAAGAUCUUUUCGCUCCGGACACAGAGCAGCCGGCUAGGGAGGAGCAAGGUCUUAACUUAGUUUUCACGGUUGAGGAAAUUGAAUCGCAGCUGAAGUCCAUCAAGAUUGGGAAAGCCGUCCCUCCAGGAGUAGCUCCUGCUUCUGCAUGGCGAUUAGCGGCCCCACAGGUUGCGAGGCUGCUGAAGAUGGCAUUUGACCAGCAUUCUCACCAACCAGGGAUCACACUCCCUCUUCAGUGGACCGACGCGUGGAUAGUCUGGCUCCCAAAGCCGGGCAAAGACCCAUGCGAGCCCUCAUCGCUCAGGCCAAUAGGCCUCAUGUCUCCUGAUGCCAAAGCCCUUGCAGGGCUUCUCAAAAUCAGACUCUAUGAGCUGAUUCGGCCCCAGCUGCGCAGGGUGCCGCAGUUUGCCUAUCAGCCGGGGAGGGAUUUGUACGAUGCCUUGGCUAGAGUGCAGGUGUGGAUUGACAACUUCAAAAGGUGUUACGGACGAGGAAACAGCAGCAAAUUCGCCCAAAGGGACAGGGAGGAAAAUCCGGACAACACAAAACUCUGCGUCGGGGGAGCCAUCCUCAGCCUUGACCUCAAACAGGCCUUUGACAGAGUAAACCGUCAAGCACUAGCCCAGUCGCUAAAAGACCUUGGUGCGGGAGAAAGCAUGACGGCCGAGAUUAUCUCCCUCCUAGACACAUCCCGGUAUCACAUUAUCAGUGAUCAGGAACAAAGCACAGUGGGUACAACGCGAGGCAUCCGCCAAGGAUGUAAGAUCGCCCCCAUGCUUUGGGUGGCAAUAUCGACCCUUUUGCUGGAGCGGCUGGGGGAUGCCCUCUCAGGCCCCCACAGACAAGCAACCACUUUUGCCGACGAUACCUUAGUGCAAUGGCUCAUUGAAAACUCCACGGACAUUGCCCAACUUAGCAGUUUCAUCAACAAACUUCUGGGGGUCAUGCAGGACAUGGGGCUUUUAGUUAACCUUACCAAAACAGUCCUGCUCCUGAAAGUUUGCGGACCUGGGGCCAGACGCGCGCUCAAGGACUAUGUAGUGUAUAAGGACGGGAAAAAAUGGUGGCGGGCGCGACACCCUGAUGGGAGCGAGGCGCUAAUCCCCAUUGCCUGCUACACUACAUACCUAGGGACGCACCUUUCCCUCCAAACGGAAGCGCACAAAGUGGUAGGCUACCGUAUUGCUGAAGCUAACAAGAGAACUGGCAAAAUCAAAAAGGCGACCAGGUCCAGGAAAGUCUUCGGCUUAGCGCAUAGAGUACGCAUCUGGCAGGCCUGUGCUGCAUCGAGUGCUACAUUUGGCCUCAUUGCUUUCGCGCCCUCUGCCAAGGCGGUGGCACUCCUCAGGGGUUGGUUCUAUCGUCAACUAAGAGCCGUUGCGGACUCACCUGCCCACAUCUCGCAUGAGACUAACAAGCAACUUCGGCAAAGAUUAGGGGUUCAGGAUCCUAUAGAUGCCACUGUGCAACGGAUUCGGCAUAAACUUGAUAAGCUUCGGGUUGCAGAAGCGAGCAUCAUCAACCAGCCACAAACUCUCCAGUAUUGGGAAAGUAUGCUACAGCAAUACCUCAUCUUCCACACAGAUAACAUCGAUGCGGAGCCCGACUCCAGGCUGAUCCCGGUGCCCGCGCAACAAUCGCAGCCGGUGGCCUGCCCAGUCUGCGGAGUGUACUUCCCAUCAAACAAAACAAUGAGACAGCACAGGGGAAGGGUCCACAAGGUGUAUGUGAGCUCGCACCGGCAUGAUGAUGACAUGUAUCAACAACAGGAUCACUCUGCUGGUGGCAUGCCACAGUGCAUUCAUUGUGGUCUUAAGACGGGUUCAUGGGACGCGCUGAGGAAUCACAUCCUCAACAACGUUUGUGGCUGGCAGAUGCCACCCGGCCCCACUCGGGAGGCCGAACAGCAGGAGCCGACGAUCCCGUUGCUGCGUAGACCUGAAGUGGCGAAGCAACUACUGCAGUCGGACUCUAAGCUGCAGAUCGUCAGUGAUCACGCUAGGAGUCUCAUUCAGCACUGUGGCUUCUGUGGACAGUGGAUUGCUAAGGGAGGCUCGGUUAAGGAGCACAUCAAGAGAAUGCACUCACACAUAUGGCAUGCAAGUAUUGGCAACCUGGACACUGAGUGUGCGAUGUAUAAAUCUCACCUCACCCGUGACAGUGUCUGCGACCUUUGUGAGGUCAUGGUGUACCAACCCGACAGGCACACUCGGAGCUGCACGGUUAUUUUCCAAACAGCCUUAGCCACAGCAUGGCACAAGGUUGGGGCGCCGGACACGGCCCCCGUCGCCAGGGAUGUGAGAACUUGCAUCACUGAUGAGUUCCUUGCCAGGCAACUCAACCCCGACGUGCACAGGCAGGUCAAAAUGGAGGCAGGAGACAGCGAGGUCAUUGACAUGCUGACACGGCACUGUGGACUUUGCCUUCAGCGAUUGACGAAUCAACAGGACUGGAGGCGACACUGUGCCAACCAGCACAAGGAGGAAGUGGCGAACAUGUGGGGGCAGCACAGCCCGAUGGAACUCAUAAUGAGGGACAGGCCGACCGAGGAGGAGAACGGCGAGGGGCGGAAAUUCCGUCGCAGGGAGGGCAAAGGCCCAGGCAAAGCAAAAAGGGAGCCGAUCCCGGCCCCAAACCAGCAGCUGGCAAAGCAAGUGCAAGUUCUAACCAAGUAUGUCAGCCAGCACGCCAUGGCGCUGCAACUGCUGGAGGCCGACAGAAGUUGGGUUCUCUGGAUGGACUCUGGAGCGAUGGGCAUCAUACCUCAGCUGGUCAAGACCACGGCCACCUGGAAGGAGAGCCGAGAGCAGAACAAGUGCACCUGCAGCCUUCGCCAGGCUCUCCUGGGAUCGCUCCUGCUGGAGCUGCAAGCUCGGCUUGCGAAGAUGGAGGGAGACAAGGCGGCACAGGCGCCACUCAUUCAGAGGAAGAUGCUCGUAGCAGAACCAAUGGCGUGGUCGUACACGAGAUGGAAUCCGGACAAGAAACUCCAGGAGCCCAGAGAGGGCAACCUGCUCUCUCAUCAGGAUGCAAAGGAGGCAGUUCAACUGCUGAUGCGAGAGGCCGUCAAGCCCAACGUCAUCCAGCGCUUCCAUGCUCUAGGCGGAGUCAAGGAGGACAGGCCAGGAGCCACGACGUUCGUGCUGACAGUCUCCCUGGACGCCGAUGCACGGCCCAACAUCAACAAGGCACUCCAUGCUCUCACGGAGACAGCGGCCACCGCGCUCAUAGGAGCCAGGAUCCGCCCGGAAAGAAGCCACAAGCCACUUCCAGAGGACCUACAGCGGGCCAUCGACGCGACGAGAAGGCAAUGA